UAGAAGUACUUGACCUUGAGGGGUUGACCAAAUAUAAAAAGAAAACCAGUUCUUCCAAGAAUUACCAGUAAUUAGAUACACCACAUGAUAUACUCGUCUUUGUUGUAUUUUGUAUAUAAUGUACGCCCCAUAAAUUGUCUCUUAACUCUUUCUCAGCCGCCCUUGCCGACAGCAGGUUUCGCAUUACAUUACAUUAUCUUAAAUCUCAACAACAUGGCGUCCAGUGCAAAGAGACCACGCACACAAAGCCCAGAGGAUGAAAAUAAAGGCAAUCAAAAGGGUUUAUACGCGAAGAGUUAUUCGCGAGUGAGCAAGCACAAUCUUUAUAUGAUCAUAGCUCUCUGGAUGGAAGAUUUUGUCGAUGCCAAAGCUCCAAAGGAUCACAGAAAGGUCGGAGCGGUGCUCGUGUUGCCAAACGACGUGAUUUUCGCCGCAGAUUGUUCUCGACUAGACGGCGUCCACGCUGUAGCCAGGUUGUUGAUGAAGCACUGCGAUAAAGCCAAGGGUUGUAAGAUGUUCAUGUCUCGAAAACCGUGCCCGAUUUGUGCAAAGCUUUUGGUUCAAUCGAAAGUGGAACGAGUCUUGUUUCUGCCGCGUGAACCAGAAUAUUAUCGUUCCCCCAAAGUUAUUAAACCAGAUGCCGACGAAAAGGCUCGCGAGGAAAUCAAUAACAUCAAUGAUGACAACAACACCCAAAUGAAACAAGUCGACAAUAUGUUUACUGCAAGCGUUAUUGCCCAAACAAGGUUCGUUUUGCAAGUCGAGAAGCAAGUUCUUGCCGAUUCGGUAGUGAAAUCAGGCAAAACAUUAGCAGAAAUAGAGAAGCAGAUAAAGAAAGACAAGGGUAAAUUGAUGAAAACGUAUGAUUUUAAGCCUGAAUGGAUUGGUUCUAUUGAGAUUAUUAAGAAGAAUCUACCGUGGCCAGCAUUUGACGAAGACGUACAAGCGGAAGUUUUAAAGUACUUUGACAACGUCAUGGAGUGGAUGGCAAGAGCUAUAGCUCUGCCAAGCAGAGAAUUGAAUUUUGAACCCGCUAUUAAGAAAACAGAAACUACCGAUGGUCGUGAUGAUGAUGAUGCUAUUGAUCCAGUGAAAAACCCCACUCACGCAAAGCAAGCCAAUCAUAAUACUUUUGAUCCAGUGAAAAACCACACCCACGCAGAGCAAGCCCGUCAUUUCAUGUCGAUAGCGAGAUUUUUGGCCCAACGCACAGACGACCCGACAACUGGCGUUGGUGCAGUGAUUGUCAGUCGGGAAAUGGAAAUUCUUUCGUUUGGUUGGAAUGGCUUUCCUCUCAAAGCACUUUAUGGCGAGUUUCCAAGAGCUUCUUCAAAAGACGAUAAAUCUUCCAAGACGGAGAAACCUGUUGGUUCGGAUAAAUCUGGAGAAAAGAAAGAGCCUGUAAAAAAGAAAUACCCGUAUGUAAUCCAUGCUGAGCAGAAUGCCCUCUUGUUUCGAAAUAACAAAAAUAUCAAAGACGCGAUUUUGUUUGUUACGAGAACUCCGUGUGAUGAAUGCGCUCCUUUGAUUUUCAUGCAAGGUAUUGAAACGUUUGUCGUCGACGAUGAUGUAUUUGCACGUGAUGCAACCCAAAAAGGCGCGUUGAAGUAUGAGGAGUUCACUCGUAAGAUCAAAACUGACAAAAGUGGCAAGUUCGUUUGCUUUCAAACAAGAGAGCCGGAAGCAGAUCCAGGUCCUAGCAAGGGCAGGAAAGAUCUGUUCAAUCCAGAUAUCUAGUCAUCAAGUAUCCUAAACUGUGAACAAAUUGACACUUUCGAUUCUUGUAUAAUUAUAUUAAUUCUUGACAUGUUACGUUUAAAUUACGAAAACUACAAUAAUAAUUGCAAUAACACAAUAGGAUGUCAAUAAAACUUGACAACAAAGUUAUGGAAUAUAGCCAUGCAGUAACCCAAAACAUAAAUUUAAAAACUUGCUGUCAUCAAUAAAUUAUGUCGAUGGACAUACGUUGCGACAACUUAGGAAUUUUGAACUUCCUAUGUGCAAAACGAACAGAUUUGAGAACUGUUUCAUAAUGUGUAAUUCUUAAUGAAUAUUUGAGAUAAUUAUUAGAAUUUUAGUUUAAUAUAAAUAGUCCUAUAGAUCUAGAAUUUGUAACUUUUGCCUUAUACUAUUUGUAAAACUUUGCGUUAUUCAGCCGAGGAAUUUUCCGAGGCUUUGCAGCAGAAGUCCUAAACUUCAUUAAACUAUCAAACUUUGAAGCUUUGUGUGGAAAUUCACAAUGUUUUAUACCUAUGACUGUUUAUCCUUACAUGCAACUGACUUUAAAGUAACAGUUACAUAAAGAAACAGAAGAGACCAUCCAGUAUAUACGCC